AUGGGUACUAAUUUCAACUUCAAGAACUUCACAAAUGACCCGUCAGAAGCCGGUGGUGCCCGGCCACCGGGGAAUUUGCCGUUGACCAGACAGUCAUCGAUCUAUUCGUUAACUUUUGACGAGCUUCAAAACACUAUGGGAGGAUCAUUAGGCAAGGAUUUUGGGUCAAUGAACAUGGAUGAGCUGUUAAAGAAUAUAUGGACUGCAGAGGAGACACAAACCAUGGUAACAGCCACCUCUACUGGGGUCCAAGAGGGUGUUGGUCUCCAGCGCCAGGGCUCGCUGACGCUCCCGCGGACGCUGAGCCAGAAGACGGUGGACGAGGUCUGGAAAGGCAUGUCGAAGGAAUAUGUAAUUAAUGGGACCAGUGCUGGAAUUGCUAAUAAUGUGCCCCAGAGGCAGCCCACUUUAGGAGAGAUGACUUUGGAGGAGUUUUUAGUGAGAGCUGGGGUGGUGAGGGAGGAUAUUCAAGUGGAUGCGAAGGUUAAUACCAAUGAUGGAUAUUUUGGUGAUUUAUCGCGGUCGGCCAAUAAUAGUUUAGCAAUUGGGUUUCAGCAGAAUACGGGCGUGGGAUUGAAUAACAAUAAUACCAAUCAGAUCUCUUUGCAAUCGUCGAAUUUGCCUUUGAAUGUUAAUGGCGUUAGAUCAAAUCAGGCACAGGUGCAGCAGCAGCGGCAGCAACAACAAAUAUUUCCUAAGCAACCUAAUAUGGGAUAUGUGACGCAGAUGCCUCUGCAAAGUAGUCCUGGAAUUAGAGGUGGAAUGUUGGGGAUUGGAGAUCAAGGGAUCAAUGGUGGUUUGAUGCAGGGUGGAGGGAUGGGAGUCGUUGGAUUAGGAGGUGUUGCUACGGGGUCACCUGCGAACCAGCUGUCAUCAGAUGGAAUUGGGAAGAGUAAUGGGGAUACGUCUUCAGUAUCUCCAGUGCCUUAUGUAUUUAGUGGAAGUGUAAGGGGAAGGAGAGCGGGUGGUCCUGUUGAGAAGGUGGUUGAGAGGAGGCAGAGGAGAAUGAUUAAGAACAGAGAGUCGGCUGCGAGGUCUCGCGCUCGCAAGCAGGCUUAUACAAUGGAAUUGGAAGCAGAAGUGGCAAAGUUAAAAGAGGAAAACGAAGAAUUGCAGAAGAAACAGGACGAAAUGAUGGAAAUGCAAAAAAAUCAGGUCGUGGAGAUGAUGAAUAUGCAGCAGGGGGUAAGAAACAAUGCUUGA